AUGCACAUUAUAGAUUAUAACUACCUAUACUGUCGAAUGCAGGGGGCAGUGCCUCCUGCAACCCCCACCCUGGACAUCAAAGAAUCCUCAUGUAUUCACGGCAAGAUACAGUGUAUCUACAUGUGUUGGCAAGGGCGGUCACAUCAUCUGGGUUGUAGAGGUUACUGGAAGACUGAUCCAGAAGGAGAUGGUGUGGCUAACACCAGCAAUGUCUCAGAAGAUGGAGUGGUUGGGGCAGAAGGGGAGCAUGAUCCUUACUUUGAACCUGUGGUCACACUGCCUGAAAUACAGGUGAAAACAAAUGAGGAGGAGGAAGAGGAAAUGAUAAAAUUGAGAUGCAAGCUUUUCCGUUAUCAUACUUCAGAGACACCUGCAGAGUGGAAAGAGCGAGGAACAGGGGAUGUGAAGAUUCUUAGGCACAGUAGCAAGAAAACUGUGAGUCUGCUCAGUGAAUCAUAUGAUUUUUGGGUGGCAACUGUGAGUUGUUUUCAAAAUAUACUCCUUGUGUCUACCUCAUGCUGUUCAGUGUCAGCUAUUUUUAGAAUAUGAUGUUAGGAUUCUAAC